AGUGCCAGCAAGUACUAGCAGGUGCCAAUAAAUACUAGCAGGUGCCAGCAAAUACUAGAAGUACCAGUAGAAGAAAGAAGGUGCCAGCAGGCACUAGCGGGUGCCAGCAGGUAUAAGCAGGUGAGAGCAAGUGCUAGCAGGUGAGAUCAAGUACUAGCAAACAGUGUAAGAGAGAAGGUGCCAGCAGGCACUUGCAGGUGCCAAUAGGAACUAACUGGUGCCAGUAGAAGACAGAAGGUGACAGCAGGCACUAGAAGAAAGGUGGCAGCAGACCCUAGAAAGGUGCCAGUAGAAGAAAAGUGUUAACAGGUACUAGCAGGUGCCAAUAAAGUGUCAGCAGGUACUAGCAGGUGUUAGUGGAAUAAAGAAGGUGUCAACAGGCACUAGCAGGUGUCAGUGGAAGAAAGGUGUCAGCAGGAACUAGCAGGUGUCAGUAGAAGAAAGGUGUCAACAGGUACUAGCAGGUGUCAGUUGGAGGAGGAAGGUGUCAACAGGCACUAGCAGGUGUAAGUAGAAGAAAGAAGAUGUCAGCAGGAACUAGAAGAAAGGUAUCAGCAGGCAUUAUCAGGUGCCAGUAGAGACAGAAGGAGCCAGCAGGCACUAUCAAGCGCUAGUAGAAGGCAGCAGGUGCCAUCAAGUACUAGCAGGUGCCAACAGGAGGUAGCAGAGGGAAGGAAGGUAGCCAAAGAUGGCAUCAAGAAGACCAUCUUUGGCACCACCUGGUAGGGAGAGCCUACCAUCCAGCACAGAUGGUCGACGACGCUCCAGUCUCAGACUAUCUCACUCUCAGCUGGAGAACUCGGAUGAUGAACAGCAGGUGGAGGAGGCAGAGGAUGAGGAGGAGGAUGAGGAUGAGGAGGAUGAGGAUGAGGAGCUGUACCAACUGGAUUUUCAAACGGCAGAGCUCUCUUCAGAAUACUGGCAGAUACAGAAGAUGGUCAAGUAUCUGAAGGUGGGGAACGCGACUUGCACCACCAUAGCUCUGGUCGGUCUCAAGGACUGCGGCCUGCAUCAGGAGGUAUGCCAGGUGGCUCUGAAGGUGGUGGGAGGCCUGGAGGUAUUGCUCAACAUCCUCCGCACCAGUAAUCUUCGUUGUAAUGUUGGUGCACUGCAGGUGCUGGAGGCAGCCUGCGGUCACAUGACGUCCCGUGCUGCUGUUUACAAACUUGGAGGCCUACAAGUACUGCAAGGGCUGGUAGGCCACAGCCAGGUGGAGGUACGGGGUCUGGCAGCAUCCGUGCUGGCCCAGGUGUGUGCACUCUCGACGGCCCGUGCUGCCCUUAUCAGAGAUGAUGGUGUGGCCAAGUUGGUGACACUUCUACGAGUAGACGCUAACACCCUCAACACUGACCAUGGGCUGGCGACUGCCGUGGAAGGUGCCACGCGGGCGCUGUGGGCGUGCAGCGUGUCUAAGAGUGGGCGGGCUGCUCUUCUGCGGGCUGGAGGGUUAGAGCUGGUGGGCGGCCUGCUCUCUGCGUCCCGCCCGUCACUCCUGGUGCCUGUAGUGGGCGUCAUUCAUCAGUGCAUCGCUGAGGUAGUGUUCCGCGAGAGGGUGGAGGCUGCAGGCUACACAUCGUCCCUAGUCAAGCUUCUCCACUGUCCGUCACCCCAGCUGCAAGUACUGGCCACCAAGGCUCUCGCCAGGUGUUCGGUGCUGGAGGCUACGAGUGCUCGGCUUGUGAGAGAAGGCGGGUUGGAGGUCCUGGUCAACCUGUUGACUAGGGAGGCGCAGCCUUACACCGCAGCGUUAAUUGAAAAGGAUCCAGCCUUUGCCAGGGAUGCUGGCCUGCUUGUUGAGGGUGGCGGGAUGCCACGCUCCAGGAAGCAAUCAAUGAUGCCUGACGGUGUAGGCAGCGUUGCAGGCGGUACUUCUGACGCCGAUGGAGUACCUGGCCAGGAUGGUGAAGGUGAAGGUCACCCCACCGGUCACGAUCUUACGGGUAAGUUGGCCUUUGUUGAGGGGAUGGGGGCAGGUGUUGGGAGGAAAAGAAGGCACACCUGGAACUGGAAGACUAUUCUUUUUGGUGUCUGGAAUGCCGGCUGCUAUCUUGGAUUUUCACCGAGACCUGUCGCUAGCAGACAUCACAGACAGGAAGUGGCAGGGAUAAGUAAGUGCAUGGCGGAGAGUUUCAUCAGUCGGGUGGCAGUACUAAUAUCUGAUCUGGUUGCACCAGCUACGGGAGGCCAGUUGGUGGGUGACAGUGAGUUGUUGGAGGCAGUGCUGGAGGCCAUCUGGCACGUGUCCCUCCUCCCUGAGCACGUCACAGCCGUCAAGGAUCUCAACGCCGUGCCUAUCCUGGUGGCUCUUCUUCAUCACGACGACGAAAGGGUAUUGACCAACGUGGUUGGGGCGCUAGGUGAGGUGGCUGGUGACGCUGACUGCUGCCUCACACUGCUGAAUGGCGGUGGAGUGACCACACUGAUCCAGUUGCUACGACGUACCUCAGACAGACUUCUCCUGAACGUGACGCGUGCCCUGGGCUCCUGCGCCGCCGAGGAGGACGCCUUGGCUGCUCUACUUCAGCAGGACGGACUGCGUCUCCUUUGGUCCCACCUCAAGAACCCCAACUGUCGCGUCCAGGCUUCUGCUGCCAACGCCAUCUGUACUUGCUUACAGCAAGAGUCGGAGGGGUUGGCAGAGGUGGUGAGGAGCCUGGUGGGAGGCAUCGAACUACUGGUGUCGUUACUGGAGAGUCAGAGCGAGUCCGUCCUCUCGGCCGUGUGCGCUGCCAUCGCCAGGAUCGCUAGAGACCCUCAGAAUUUGGCCAUCAUGACAGACUACGGCGCUGUCACUUCUCUCUCCAGAUUGGCUGUCAGGGUAGGCCAGAGAGAGAGAGAGAGAGAGAGAGAGAGAGGCUCUAUCUCCAAAUAUAGCAUCAAUUCUCUCCCCAGUCUCAGUGGGUUCCUACUUGGAAGAAGCACCCAAAAUAGCUUCCUCGAGUACUUCACCAGGCAGAGACCAGGCGCAAAAUCAGCCUUUACCGACCUCAAACCAAUAGAACACUAA